GAUAAGAAGUCUUACUUGGAUAUCAUCCACACUUAUACAGAAGUCCAUGGAACUGUUCACGGGACAAGUGCUGUCUACAUGCCCACCUAUGUGAAGAAUCAUGGUAUCCUCAGUGGCCGGGAUUUACAGUUCCUGCUUAGAGAGACCAAACUUUUUGUUGGUCUUGGCUUUCCAUAUGAGGGACCUGCUCCCUUAGAGGCCAUUGCAAAUGGGUGUGCUUUUCUGAAUCCAAAAUUCAGUCCUCCCAAAAGCAGCAAAAACACUGACUUCUUUAGAGGUAAACCAACCCUGCGUGAGUUAACAUCUCAACAUCCCUACGCUGAAGUUUACAUUGGAAAGCCUCAUGUCUGGACUGUGAACAUCAAUGAUCUUUCUGAAGUUGAAAGGGCGGUCAGAGCCAUUUUGAACCAAAAGAUUGAACCUUACUUACCCUAUGAGUUCACAUGUGAAGGGAUGCUUCAGAGAAUUAAUGUUUUCAUAGAGAAACAGGAUUUUUGCCAUGGACAAGUGAUGUGGCCCCCAUUAAGCACCCUCCAGGUUAAAAUCGCUGGCCCUGGGAAAUCGUGUAAGCAGGUUUGUCAAGAAAACCAGCUCAUCUGUGAGCCUUCCUUUUUCCAGCACCUGAACAAGGACAAAGACCUCCUCAAGUACAACAUUGAAUGCCAUACAGUUGAAUCUGCAAAUGAUAUCAUUAUCCCAUCUUUUGAUGAAAAGAAAAAACACUGUGUUUUCCAAGGUGAUCUCUUGCUGUUCAGCUGUGCAGGAUCUCAUCCAAACCACAAAAGGAUCUGCCCUUGUAGAGACUACCUUAAAGGACAAGUUGCACUUUGUAAAGACUGUCUAUAG